AUGGCUUCUGUUGACCCUGCUUCUUUGAUGGUAAAUGCAGCUAUUCCUGCGUUCAAAUGUCCCGCUGGAACAAAAAUGCACAUUCUGAACCUGGGAACUCUUCAAGCAGAUGAGUCUUGGAUCCUUAGAGGCGCCAAUACGAGCAAAUUGAGCGAUCUCAACCCACCGAACAAACGUCGGGAUCUGAUACUUCUUUCGGCUCUCAUUGAGUACCCAGGAGUUGGCCUCAUUCUGUAUGAGACGGGAUGUGCCGAGGAUCUAGAACUGCAUUGGCCUGCACCGAUUACGGAUGUCUUUCCGCGAGUUGAAUACGCCGACAAACACAGACUUCCAAACGCCAUUAAAGCCACUGGUAACGAUAUCAAGGACGUUAAGGCUGUAAUUAUCGGUCACCUUCAUCUUGAUCAUGCUGGUGGUCUUGAGCACUUCGUGGGCACAGAUGUGCCAAUCUAUGUCCACGAAGAAGAGUUCAAGCACGCCUGCUGGGCAGUUGCAACUGGUGCAGACCUAGGAGUUUAUCUUGGGCACUACAUGCUUCUCGAGAAGCUCAAGUGGUCCACCUUCAACGAGUCGCAGUUGGAUCUCUUCCAAGGUAUUAUCAUCUACCACUCACCCGGCCACACACCUGGGCUCUGCAUUAUGCAAGUUAAUCUUGCCAAUGAUGGACCGUUUAUUUGGACUACGGAUCAAUUUCAUGUUUCGGAGAAUUAUGAGCUCGGACAUCCCCAUGGUGGACUAGCGAGAGAUCACAAUGCGUGGUAUCGCAGUUUGAAUAUGAUUCGCAGGCUUCAAAGGCUGUAUAAUGCUCGACUGAUCUUUGGUCAUGAUAUGGAGGUUGCGACCAAGCUCUUUAAUGAAAAGCCAUACUUUGAGUAG